AUGAUAAGGUUUUAUUUUCUCCAUUUACUCAUAUCGCUAGCAUAUCAAAUUGAAAUCAACAUCUUGGAUCCUCAAAAUUAAGUAUAUUACUAAACACAAUUACUAAAAGAUGAUGAUUUCACAAUGAAUAAUUUUUUAGUUUAUGGUUUGUGGUCUAAAUAUAAUCCACUUAGCAAUAUAAGAUAGACUGGAGAAGUAGGAAUGUUUGAGAGUGACUGUUUUUAGCUUCACAAUGCCAUAUCUAUUUAUAAUAAAAGUUUAAAUCUGAUAUACUAUGAUUGUUUAAAUUAUCAAACAAAAAAGAUUUUUAAAGAAAUUUAAUUCAUUGAUAAUAUAAAUGAAUAGAAUAAUUUGAAAGCAAAUAUAGAUGUUUUUGAAUAUGAAAAUAUUUGGUAUUUCUUUGGAAUUUUUUAAUAACCAAACUUAAAUAAGUUAGAAAUAAUCAUCUAAACAUUAUCAAAAAUUAUUCUUCGCAAGAUAUUGCAAGCAAAACUUCCAUUUUCAGAUAUGGAAUUACAAUUAACUUUUGGUGGUAGUUUGAUUGUAGGUAAUUCAAAAAUUGACAUGAUUAAAGAAGGAACAAAAUUUUCUUAUUUUCCUGGAUCUAUUAUAGUUGGUGAGUUUAUUAUUGAUAAAAAAUAACCAAAAUUUGAUAUAGACACUUAUUCGAUGUUUAUUUUAGGAAGUCAAGCUUAUUGUUAAUGUUAAUAGAAUGAAGAUAGUUAAAUUCCUGAUAUUGAUUUGAAUUAAUUAAAUUAAAGAAUUUAUUUAUCUGAGAACCUGAAUUGCGACUUUUUUUUAUUGUAGGGGUGGAUUAAAAUAACAGAGAGUGUUAGUUUUAGUGGUGAAUUUGUUUAUUAGCUAAUUAAACUCACAUCUAAUAUUGAGAAUUCAUAAUUAUCUAAUUAAAACCUUUCUCCUUUCUAAUUAUUCUAUCAAAUAUCAAAUUAAUAAAAUUAGAUCAUAGUAACUACUUAUAGCUAUACAUUUCCUAGUGUAACUUUAGAUUUUUCAAAUGAUCCUUUUCUUAUUGUUAAAGAAUUUAAUAUUCAAGACGAACUAUCUUUAUGGCAUAAACUGGAAGUUCAAAAUAAAGAAAAUAAUAUAAAUGUUUAAAUUAGCUUUUAUAAAGAUGGAAAUUUUUAUUCUUCUUAUUCACAUGAUUUUAAUGUACUAUUAUUUAAACGAAAUCAAUUUAAAUUAGAAUAUGGUAAUUUAUUAUAAGAUUCUAUGAAUUAUCUUAAUUUUGAACUUAGAAGUUUUGUAUUCACAAUUUGUGAUCAAAAUUUAGAAAAUUAAAUUUGUCAUUAAAGUUGCAAGACUUGUGAUGGAUAUUAAGAUGAAAAUUGUUUAACAUGUUCUGAAGAAUCUUAAAGAAUUUUUUAAUUGAAAAGUAAAGCUUGUGUUUGCCCUUAUAAUACUAUUGAUAUAGGAACUUGUUAUUCUUUAAACGAUUCUUAAUUUGAAUUGAUUGAAGAUAAAGGUAUAAGAAAUCAAUGCUAAUAUGGUUAUUUUGAAUUUGAAUAUGAAUGCUUAAGAUGGUAUUAAUAAAAUUAUUUUAGUCCUUCAAUUAUUCGCAAAGAUUUUAUAACUUGUUUAGAAUGUCUUUAACAACCAAAGACUUGGAGUAUGUAUCCAAUAUGUGAAACUACUCUAUACACUAACUUAGAUGGUAGUGUGUCAGAAUAAACAAAUGAUAUAGAUUUUAAUUAUUAUGUUUAUGAUGGUGUAGAUUUGUCGUAUGCUAUUUUUCAAUAAGAAUAUACAGUUAAAUUAAGCAAUUGGAUGAUUGAUUAUGAACAAAAGAUUUUAAGAUUCAAACAUUUUUGUUCUUUUGAUAAACCAGAAUGUUAUAAAUGUAUUCUACCAGGCUGUUAUAAAUGCCAUCUUUCUAUAGAAGGCUUAAAAUGUGUUCAAUCCUAAAUAGGAUAAUAAUAAGUUAAUGAUUAUAUGUUACCUUCAUCAUUCAAUAUGCUAGUACCUUGCCUUUCUCCAAAUUAUAUUACAUUUAAUAAAAUUUGUAAACUUUGCCCAAUUAAAAAUUGCAAAUAUUGUUUUGAUUAUGUAGAUUCUGAUUUAUCUAAGUGUACUCUUUAUAAAAAUUUUUAAAAAUUUGAAGAAGAAAGUAUGAAAGUAGGUUGUGCUUUAUGCCAGAAAAAUUACUCUUUUGAUUUUACACUAAAUUUAUGCAAAUAAAUAGAACCUCAAAUAUAAAAUUGUUUAAGAUCCUUUAUCAAUUUAGAAGGGUAAGAAGUUUGUACAUUAUCCUCUAUUAAUGAUUUUAGUAUAUCUCCUGAAGUAUUAAAUUGCUAAUAAUAUUACUCAUACUGUUUGUAAUGUAUUUUACUUCCAGAUUAAACCAUAUAAUGCAUUAUUUGUUAGCCUGGUUACACAAAUUCUUAAUAAGGAGGUGGUUGUUAUUCUAAUACAAAACCAAAUGCUAUUACGGUAAUAUAAGGAGACAUUUAUGAUCAAGAUGCUUGGGUUUGGUUAGUCUAAAGUUUUAUUAUGCAAUUCUUGCCUAAUUAAUAUUAUUAUCCUAAAACAUACAAUAUUUAGGAAAUUCCAAUAGAAUGUUAAGAAGGAUAUGAAGUAUCCAUUUUUGGUGAAUGUAUAAAAUAAUGUAGCUUCGAUUGCAAAAUAUGUAAAAAGUUUAUGGAUUACAUGUUUAUUUGUAAGAAGUGCUCAUUAAACUUAUUAAAAUUGCCAAUUAAAAAUUAAAAACAAGGCUAAUGUGUUACUUGUCCCUAAUUAUGUGAGGUAUGCUCCGAUUCUUAAUAAGAUGACGGAUAAACUUAGCUUUGCUUAAAACCAAUUUAUGAUGCUCAUGUAACUAUUGAUCCAUACUUACAAAAAGCAAAAUAUUGUUUUACCGAAAAUUGUUUUACUCAUUUUAAAUUAACAGUUAUUUAAAAAUUAAAUGAUUAUUGUUUCCUAACUUAUUUUGAAACUAUAAUUGCUAUAGACGAAAUGUAAAUUACUUAUAGUAACAUGGUUGGAGUAGAUUAGAUAACAAUAGCUUUCUUUAUUAAUAAUUUUUCUGAAGAAAUUACUUGCAAAUUACAUUAAGACUUUUAUCCUAUUUUACAGACAAAUUUAAAAAAUUAAAUUGCAAGCCUUUAAUAUGUUAAAAUACAUUUAUCUACUAUUUCAAUCAAUAGCAUAUUUGAAUUAAAAUAAGCUUUUGAGUUUCAUAAUUAUGAUCAAAUUUAAAUUUCAGAAAUGAGAUUUAGUAAUGUUUAAACAUUUAUUUUGAAGAAUUAAUAGUAAAAAAUAGAAUUAAAUUUAAUCAAUUUAAGAAUUGAAGAUAGCAUCAUUUCAGGAAGUAGUACUUUUUAAACAGAAUUCUUUGGCAAAAUAACUUUGAUAAAUGUUACUUUAUCAAAUUUAAAUCUUUUAAACAAUUCAUUUAUAAAUUUAGAAUAAUCUAAAUUUGAUGGUAUUCUUGAAAUUGAUUCUCUAACAAUAUAAAAUUGUGUUUUAAACAACACAAACCUAUUCAUUUUAGCUAAUAAUUAUAUCACUAUGUUUGCAAAAAGAAUUAUAAUUGAUUAAUGUCAAGUUUACAAUUCAUCUUUCUUUAUGUUUUAUUCAAACAAUGAACAUUUUUAGAACUUGAUUAAUUUUGAUAACAUCAUAAUAAAGAAAACUAAAUUUGAAUCAUCUUAUUUUAUUAAUUGUUUUAAUAGGUUUAAGGUAAUCAUUAAUGAAUUUAACUUCUUUUAAAAUUAUGUUAUGAUGUCUAAGAUAAUCUCUUUUGAUUAUUAACUAGAAUUAUUCUAAAGUAAAACAAACCAAAAUACAUUCAUUUAAUCAUUAUUCACAACAACAAAUAGCAUUUUAAGAUAGGACAAAAUAAUAUGUAUUCUUGAUAAUUAUUAAUGUAAAUAAAAUUAUCUUUAAGAAUCAAUUUUAUUCUAGAUAUUUUCAACAUAUACUAUUAAUUAUGUAUUUUUCAACAUUACAAACAUAGAAAUAACAGAAAUUAAUAGCUUACAUUAAAUUGGUACAAAUCAAUAACUGUAAUUAUUUAAAAUUCAUGGUAAUUAAUUACUUAUUAAGAAUGCUAAGGUGGAGAAAAUUAUGAAUAGCAUUGCUUUUUUCAUUUUAGACAAUUAAGAAAUAUUAAUAGAAAAUGUUAUAUUAGAAAAUAAAGAUGAAAUGUUUAAAAUACCUUUAUCUAUGAAAUGUAUAGAUAAAUUAUAAUAAAAGAGUUCUUAAUUUUUACAAGUGAUUGGUUUUAAAAGUUUAAUAAUUAAAAAUGUACAAAUUAAUAGAUAAAUAAGUGUUGAUUAUUCUUUGAUUGAAGUAAGUUUUGGAAGAUAAUAUUUUAAUUAUUCUUUUGGUAUAAUAAUUAUCUAAAAUGUUUCAUUUGAAGACAAUAAGAUACUUAAAUUAAAAUAAGUUGAUUUAUUUUCCUUAUUAUCUAUUUAUUCUUCUGAUGAAAUUAAGAUUUUAAUCAAUAAUAUCACAUUUAAACUAAAUAUUCUUCACCAAUCAGUAAAUGAUCCCUUAGAAACAUCUUCGGGGUUAAUGUCAAUAUAAACAUUAAUAAGUACCUUAGAAAUAAAUAAUUUAUUUUGUUAUUUGAAUGCGUUAACAAAUUCAUCAACUUCAUUUAUCUCAUUAACUUCAUCAGAUAUCAAGAUAACUAAUUAUACAGUAAUAAACCACAAUCUGUUAUCUUAAGAUAUUUGGGAAAGAUUUUUUGAUUUUUAAUUUGAAUUAGAUGAGGAUUAGGAAAAUAUUAAUUUAAUCAUAUAAAAUACUAUAAAAAUUUUAAAUAAAGGAGGAGGAGGAUAAAUAGUUGCUAGUAAAUUUUAAUGUACUGAUUGUUAUUUUGAAAAGAUUUUGGCUUAGAAAAGUGCUAUUUUUGAGAUUAAAACAUAAUUUGAAGGGGCAAUUACAUUUAGAAAUUUAACAGCAAAAUAAAUUUAAACUAAUUUAUAAUAAACUGGUAGUGGAUGCAUCACAAUUUAUUCCCAACUUAGUAUUUUAAAUUUAAAUAUUAUUGGGUCUAUUUUUUCUGAUAUUUUUAAUAGAUUUUCCUCAUCCAUACUCACUAUUUAACCAUCACUUCAAUAAAAUACUAUAAUUCUAAAUAAAAUUGAAAUUAAAAAUUGCAUUUCCUUAAUAAAUCAAUUUUUUAGUUUUUAAUUUAAUUCUUUAACUUACUAAGCCAAUUAUGUGGAAAUUAUAGAUUUAAUUGCCAUAUAAACGGAAGAUGUUUAAAUUAAAUAUUUAACUUAAAUUGGUAUUAUUACUUCAACAGAAAUGUAAUUUAUAAUGAGUAACAGUAAUGCAGUUAUAUAUAUUGAUGAAAGCACAAUUACAAUAAGGAAAGUCUUUUUUGAAGGAAUUUAUUUAUCUCCUAUUUUUAUAUUCAACAACCCAGUUAUAUUGAAAAUGAACAAAUUCUAAAUUUAUUCAAUUUAAACUUUUAAUCCAUCUGGUUUGAUUUAAAUAUUUUAAAAAAAAGGAAUAGAAUCAUAAAUUUAAUUAGAUUCAGUAAGUAUAAUAAAAACUUCAGCAUUCCAAUUAAAAUCAAAUUUAACUUUUCAAUUUAAGGAGGUAGAUUACAGUAUUACAGGAUGUAAAUUGUAUAAAAAUUCUACUUAGAAAUUUUAUCAAAUUUCUAUAAAUGAUAUUCUCAAAGAAUUUACGAAUUUUGUUUAAGAAUUUAGUGCCUUAAUUUAUAUAUCAAUGAAAUCAAAUCAUCAUUCUGUUGCCUUUUAAAAUAUUAAUAUUUAAGACAAUAAUUGCACAUUUUGUUCAAAUGGAAUAAUUUAUUUUAAGAUAGAAAAUUUAUAAUUAUUAAGAAUUCGUGAUUUUCGUUGUAGUUAAAAUAUAAUAUUAGAAUAUGGAUGUAUUCAUUUCUUUUCAAAUCCUUAAAUUUAUCCAAAAAUUUCCAUCAAAAACUCUAAUUUUAUUGAUAAUAAGGGAGGAUCUGGAGUUGCCAUAAUGGCCAAUUAUACAUUCUUAUAAUUAGAAUUUUGUCAAAUAGUUUAAAAUUAAGCAAAUUUUUCAGGUGGUGGUAUUUAUUUAUAAGCAAUUAAUAAUAAUUUUAAAAUAAAAGAAUCAAUAAUUUUAUUCAAUAAAGCCAGAGAAGGAGGUGGACUUUUUAUAAAUGGAGAGAAUAAUCUAAAUGAUAAUAAUUUUAUCUAGUCAUAUUUACUAGAAAAUAUAGCAUCUCUUUAUGGAAAUUAAAUAGUAGAAGCCCCGAAUCAUAUUGCUCUUUCUAUUAAUGGCAAAGAAAUGAAUUCAUAGCCAUAUAUUAUAAAUAAUACAUAAACUAAUAUUUUAAACCUUAAACCAUAUAUAAUUAUUGAAUAAGGUAUUACAUUGAUAUCAAAUAUUUUAAUGUUACCAAGUAAUUAAUAAAUUUUAAACUAUUAAAUUUAUCAACCUAGAUUCUAAGGGCAUAUAAUUUAUAUUUAUGACUUUACUUUAUAUUUAAAAAAUAGUAGAAAUGAAUGGCUAAAAAAUAAAUUCAAUUCGACAUGCAUUAUUAGUUAAUCAAAAAGUUAUGGAUAAGAAUUAAUUAACCUUGAUUAGAGAUAAGAAAAAGCAAAUAUUAAAUUUGAUACUCAAAAUAAUAAUUUUAAUUUAGGAUAACUAUCAUUAACUUUAAAUCCAUAUUAAGAAUAGAAUGAAAAAUUGUUAAUUUAAUUAAGUUGUAGGUUAGCAGAUUCAAAUAAGUAUUUGGAUUAUGUAAUAUAAACAAAAGGGUUAAAGUGUUAAUUAGGUGAAUAUUUAAUUGAUGAUGGUUGUCAAAUUUGUUAAUCUCUUUAAGGUUUUUAUUCUGUUACAUACAAUGCUACAAAAUGUUCAGUUUUCGAUAAAGCUAAAUUUUAAAGUAUAACCUCAAAUUAAUUAUAACUCUUAAAAGGUUAUUGGAGACCCAAUCAUUUAUCUGAUUCAACAGAUUAUUGUUUUAAGAAUCCUAAAUUUUGUUUAGGAGGUUGGAAAGUUGGCAAUGAUUUAUGUAGUUUAGGACAUAUUGGAGGAUUGUGUGAAGAGUGUGAUGUAUAUAAUAUCAGAGGAGAUGGAUAAUUCUUUAAAACAUCAAAUGAAAAUAUGUGUUUAAUUUGUUUUGGGGAUUAUGAUAGCAUUUUACCAUUUAUUCUCACAUUAAUCUGGUAAUAAUAAAUAAUCAUUUUAUAGGGCUUUAUUAUCCACAUUUUUAACUUUGAAAAGUAUAAAACAAACAAAUAAAUUGUUUACAAACUUCAAACUAAGCUAAAAACAUUUUUCAAUCAUUUUUAAAUUAAAUUAGGGUAUCAAAAAUAUUUUAAUUAGAUCGUGAAAGCAUCUUUUUUAAAAUGUUAUUAAAUUAUGUAUGGAUAUAUUCUGUAAUAUUUACUUUUAAUAUCACUUUCUCUUUUUCAUUCAUUUUUGUUAAUGAAGCCAGUAACACAACUUAUUUUAUGGCUAAUAAUUUAGAUUGUUAUUUAUCACUUAUUAAUUUUGGAAACCUAAUUUACUCAAGAAUUAUUGCAAUGCUUAUUUUGAUCCUUUUACAAUUCCUUAUUAUAUUAAUUUUAUCUCUCAUAACUUUUUAUCUUACUAAAUAGAAAAUAUAUCCAUAUGAAACUAUUUCAAAUACAUUAAUUUAUUUAUAUUUAUCUAAUUUUGGUGGAUUAAUUAAAAUGUAAUUUAAUUUCUUAUUAUUAUUAGGUUUUUUUCAGUCUUAUCAAAACGAGUAAUCUCAAACUAAAAUUUUAUUUAAGGUGAUGUAGCCUUAGAAUUUGGAUCUUAAACACAUUUUAACUGGAUUUAUAUAUUAAUUAUUCCAGGUUUAGGAUUAUUUUGUAUAUUGAUACCGUGUUUUUUAUUCAUUUUAAUGUACAAAUUAAAAGGUUAAUUUGAUUCUAUUAGACUAAGAAAACAUAUCUGUUAUUUAUUCAAUGAAUAUGAUUCUAAAAAUUAUUUUUGGGAAUUAAUUAAAUUAAUAAAAAAAACUAUUAUAAUCCUUGUUCUAACCUAUUUUGAGACUUAAAUUUUUUUGAAAAUUUCCUUAUUAGGAUUAUGUUUACUCCUUUAUCAAUUAUUAAUUGUCAAGCAUAAACCAUACACCAUAAAAAGCUUAAAUCAUUUAGAUCUGGAAUCUGGUUAAAUAUGUUCUAUAGCUAUUUUUCUUGCAACAACUAAGUAUAUUUGUGAAUAAGAUAAUAAUUUUGUUUUUUCAAUGAUUCUAUAAAUUAUUAUUAUUAUCCUUUGUAUAAAAUUGUGUUUUCCUUUUUUGUUAGGAAUCAUAAUUUUAUAUAAGAAAAAAUACUAAACAUUACUUUUCAAUUUGCUAUAUUCAUUUUUUUCAUUAAUUAACAAGCAUUCCAAAUUAUCGAAAAUAUUCUAAUAACUGCUGAAGAAAUUAGAAUUAAACGAAGCAAGGAGGAAAAAUAAUUUAGUUAAAUUAAAAUUUCUAUUACUGAGUUAAAUAAGUAUAAGAAAGUACAUACAUAUAUAAAAUUUAGAUAAAAAUCAUUAGCAAAUAGAAUAAGCUUAGAAUCUAAUAUACAUUAAGACUUCCACUCAUAGUCAAAAAUGUUUUUAGUUCGAUCUAUAAAUUGA